AAAAUCUAAAUUUAUUGCAGAGCUGUUUUUGUACAGAUCCUCUCUCUCUCUCUUUCUCUCGUUUCAUGAACUUUCAUCUGUGGGAUUUGUCUGUUUAGCAACUAUUGCCAGUUUCUAUGGGAUCUCCUGUCAGACACCGUUUGAUGCCAUUUGAAAGUAAUUUUGGGCGAGUAAUCGAGGAGUUCACAGGCGGAACAGUGGGAAGGCGCAAGGUCUUGAAAGAUGAUCUCUGGGAAUGAAAGGAGAAGGAAGUUCUUUGUUCCCUGGUUUUUUGGACUGGGACUGAAGAGUUCGUCAUCCAAAAGAAAUGAUGACUCACCUGACUCUCCUGCUGAACUAUUUGAGCCCCCAUCGUUCGCAGAAUAUUACUUGAGGCCUGUUAACAUGAGCUCUGGUGAAUCCUCUACACCGCCAAUCGACAUUCCAAAUACGCAGAACUUCAGAAUUUUUGUUGCAACAUGGAAUGUCGGUGGAAAACACCCUCAUGAUGGGCUAAAUCUUGGUAACUUUCUUAUGGAAAAUGAUGGCUCUGAUGUGUAUGUACUAGGUUUUCAGGAAAUAGUCCCUCUGAAUGCUGGAAAUGUGCUUGUCGUAGAAGACACUGAUCCAGCAGUGAAAUGGCUCUCUCUGAUUCAUCAAGCUUUGAACAUGCCAUUGGAGCCUGAUGCAGCUAUCUCUUCUAACACCCCGUCUGACAAUGUUGACUGUUCUGAAGCUUCCAAUACCAAGGCUCCAGCAUCCCCAUACUUGCGUAGUCCCCGGAAUUUAUUAUUCUUUCAGAAGCUAUCACUGAAGGCCGUCAGUAAAACUUUUAUUAUGGGCCAAAGAAAGUCCCUAAAGUCCUGCAACUGCUCAUCAGAAUCAACAAGGAAAAAUUCUGCAGACUCGUGUUUCCGGUGCCAAAAUGCCUAUUACAGUACUGAAGAUGACUCUGAUGAGGAGGAUUUACCAAAUAAUUCUAUUAUUAUGGACAUUACUGCUCAAUUUAGUAGCAGAAGUAACCACAGAAGAUACAGCCUCAUAGCUAGCAAACAGAUGGUGGGGCUUUUUGUGACUGUAUGGGCAAGAAGAGAACUUGUGCAGCAUAUAAGACAUUUAAGGAUCUCCUGCAUUGGGCGUGGGGUGAUGGGUUAUCUUGGCAACAAGGGUUGCAUAUCUGUGAGCAUGACAUUGCAUCAGACUAGUCUUUGUUUCAUCUGCAGUCACUUAGCAUCGGGGGAUAAAGAAGGGGAUGAACUAAGAAGAAACUCCGAUGUCAAUGAGAUACUCAAGAAUACACAGUUCCGAAAGACCUACAACAAGCGUUGCCGAAGAAUGCCUAUGAAAAUCCUUCAACAUGAUCGGAUUAUUUGGUUUGGUGAUUUGAAUUAUCGAAUUGCAUUGAGCUACCUUGAAACAAAGAAAUUGCUUCAGGAUAAUGAGUGGGAUGCACUUCUAGAGAAAGACCAGCUCAAGAUUGAGAGAGAUGCUGGACGAGUGUUUAAGGGAUGGAAUGAAGGGAAGAUUUAUUUUGCCCCUACAUACAAGUAUUACUGCAACUCCGAUUCAUAUGCGGGAGAAGGUGUUCAUUCUAACAUUAAAAGAAGAACUCCUGCAUGGUGUGACCGAAUACUUUGGCAUGGUGAUGGAAUUGUUCAGUUGUCAUACAUUCGAGGUGAAUCCAGAUUUUCUGACCAUCGGCCAGUAUGUGCAAUUUUUAAGGUGGAGGUUGAAGUUCUUGAUGAUGGAACAAGGAAGAGUUUUUCAACUCCGAACAUGAGAAUCGGAGCGGAGGAGCUCUUGCCUGCAAACAAUAACUACACGACUGUCAAGGAAAGCUUUUCAGAUAUUCUGGUUCAAAACCAGCUUCACUCUGAAGAUUCUAAGAUCUGAGAGCAGUAUUGAUGAUUGUAGGAGCUGAAGAUCCAGCAGCCCUUGGCUUCUCGAAAUGUAGAUUUUUUUUUUUUUUUUUCUUUUAAUGUUGAAGGCCGCCAAUUUUCUUUUGUUGUUAUUUGGCUAAAGCUCCAAGUGGCCGCCAAGAAAUGGCCUGUCCCAUGAAAUGUUGACUAAAUUCUAUUUAAAGUGAUUUAACUUGGAAGAGCAAAGGUUCAUUU